CAGCGGAUUGCCGCGUUAGGAGCCGCUUAGGAUCUCCUUGGAGACGAGCUGAGGGCGGCCUAGCGCGGUUAUGAUGCCGCUUGUGUAACCGAGACAUCUAUAAUCUGGGUCUCAACGUGAGCUUUCUGGCCGCCAAUGUCUCCUCUCCGGUGAUUCCCCGCUGACAGUCUUCAGUCGGGCCUCCCUCCUCCUUAGAUCUUCCCGACAUUUCAGAUAAAGUACCGGUGGCCAUGGAGUUGCAUUUGAACCGUGUCGACUACCUGCAGGUGGGAGUUACUUCCCAGAAGACUAUGAAGCUCUUACCUGCAUCAGGACGCAGAAUAACCCAAAAGGUUGUUAUUGGAGAUCAAGAUGGAGUGGUUACUUGUUUUGGAAUUAAAAAGGGAGAGGCAGUUCCAGUGUUCAAGACUUUACCAGGACAGAAAAUUUCCAGAUUGGAACUAGGCGGAGCUGUUGGUACUUCACAGGAGAAGAUCUUUAUAAGUGUUGGCUCAGAGGUGCGAGGGUUCACUAAAAAGGGAAAACAGUUCUUGUCCUUUGAAACUAAUCUCAUGGAAAGUAUUCGAGCUCUGUAUGUGUCUGGUGCAGAUCUUUUCCUGUGUGCAAGUUAUAUCUAUAACCACUAUUGUGACUGUAAGGAUCAGGACUACUACCUAUCCAGUGAUAAGAUCAAUGAUAUCAUCUGCUUGCCAGUGGAAAAAGUAGGCAAAAUUACACCAGUACUGGCCUGUCAAGACCGAGUGCUUAGAAUUUUAAAGGGAUCUGACCUGUUGUAUGAGGUGGAAGUCCCUGGAGUACCUCAAGUUUUGGCAUUAAACAAUGGAAAUGGAGGUGACUCUGGAGAAGAGCUAAUAUAUGGAACAUCUGAUGGGAAAAUAGGACUGGUACAAAUCACUCAAAGUUCUCCAUUACAUCGUUGGGAAGUCUCCAAUGAGAAGAAAAGGGGAGGUGUUCUUUGUGUUGACUAUUAUGAUGUUCUGGGAGAUGGUGUCAAAGAGCUACUUGUUGGCCGUGAUGAUGGAAUGGUGGAAAUCUAUGGGUUUGAUAACAAUAGUGAGCCUGUCCUUCGAUACGAACAUACUUUGUCUGAAAGUAUCACGUCUAUUCAAGGAGGAUGUGUUGGAAAAGAGGGAUAUGAUGAAAUUUUGACAGCCACGUACACGGGCUGGGUGAUGGCUCUAACUACAGAGCAAGUUCAGAGAGAGCCAGGGGCUUGUGAUGAUGUGAAGAUAAACCAAGAGAUGCAGAGUAAAAUCUCGAAUAUGAGGGCGGAGUUGGACCAGUUACAAUUGAAGGUGCUACAUGAACGUGAGAAAUACCACCAAUCAGCACAUUCAAGUGGUGCAGUUUCAGCAAUGCCUGUGUUUAGUGUGAAUGAUAAAUUCACUCUAAACCGUGAUGAUGCCAGCUACAGCCUCACCCUUGAAGUACAGACAGCCAUUGACAAUGUGCUGCUCCAAAGUGAUGUCCCAAUUGAUCUGCUGGAUGUGGACAAAAAUUCAGCUGUGGUCAGCUUCAGCGGGUGUGAUGCAGGGAAUGGUAAUUUUCUCCUGGCUACCUAUCGAUGUCAAGCAAAUACUACCAGGUUGGAACUAAAGAUUCGUUCAAUUGAAGGACAGCAUGGAACAUUACAAGCCUACAUCACCCCACGUCUCCAGCCUAAAACAUGCCAGGUCCAUCAGUAUCAAAUCAAACCACUAUCGCUACAUCAGAGGACGCAUGUUAUUGAUCAUAACAGGCCGGUAAAUUCAUUGACACUCACAGGACAGUUCAGCUUUGCAGAAAUUCAUUCCUGGGUCGUCUUCUGUUUGCCCGAGGUACCGGAUAAAGUUCCAAUAGGUGACAGUGUCACCUUUUACUUUCAGAACACAUUUUUGGAUACACAGUUAGAAUGUUCCUACAGAAAAGGUGAAGGAACUUUUAAAUCUGACAACAUAUCUACCAUUUCCAUCCUGAAGGAUGUAUUAACGAAAGAAGCUACAAAAAGAAAAAUCAAUCUCAAUAUUUCAUAUGAUGUUAAUGAGGAAUCGGUAAAUUACACGUUAAAACUAAUCCAUCCCAAAUUGGAAUAUCAGUUGCUGUUAGCCAAAAAAGUCCAUUUGAUUGAUGCAUUGAAGGAAUUGCAAGUUUAUGAAGGAAAUGUGGAUUUCCUAAUACCUGAAUACCGCUCCAUUUUGGAGGAAGCUGAUAGUCUGCUUGAGGAAUAUAAGAAACAACCUGCUCACUUGGAGAGACUGUAUGGCAUGAUAACUGAUCUCUUUAUAGAUAAAUUCAAAUUCAAGGGUACGAAUGUGAAAACCAAGGUUCCUCUUCUGCUGGAAAUUUUGGAUAAUUAUGACCCAGGCAGUCUUGCAGAAUUCUUUGAUUCAGCAUAAUCUAUGUAAAGCUUGUUGAUCAGUAUGUAAAAAUCCUGACUAAAGUACUGUGAUUGGAAGACCUGCCCUAUUACUAGUACAGGUAAUUGAUGGGCAGAAUUCACAUGAACUAUUGGCUUAUUGUGAAGCUAUUUAAAGAGAUUAAUUCCUAUCAUGCAAAAUAAUAUAGAAAUAAAGAACAGUAUAAACAAUUUGAAAGUUAUAUUUCUAUGUUUCCAUGCAUUUCCCUUAAUUGUUGUGGGAUGGCCCUUGUGGAAAUGUCUGUCAGUACCAUCAAAAUUCUGCAGGAGUUUAUACAAAUGUAGAUAGGAAGUUGUUGUUUUUUUACCUGAAAUGGUAAUUAAACAUUUUCAAAAGGUCUUUCUUUCCAGAAUUAAGGAGAGAUUACUAAAACUAGAGUGGAAUUUCCAUUACCCACCAAGUUCCCCUCAGCAUGCCCUAUCCCAGCUCUAUAUAAAUAUAUACAGGUACAUACACUCAAUGUAUGUGCACACACACAUCCAUACGCAUAUAUAUAUAUAGUGUGUGUGUGUGUUUACAUUGCGUGCAUAUGUGGCAAUGGCUCUUUGUACGUCUAAGAAAUCUGCAUCUCAAGUCCAAACAUCAGUACUGAAAUAUUCUCUGGAGGAAUCCAGCAAGGCUAAGAUUUAAGAAUUUAUGUUUUAUUUUCGCAUCUGAUUUUGUUGAUAAUUUACUUAUUUAUAUAAUGUGUAUAUAUUUGCAAUUUGUAUCAAAGAUAUAUUGUUUACGUGUCUUCCUUUUACUGAAAUAUAGUAGUAAUGGGCACUGUUUGAUUUUCUCAAUAUCCCUCUGGAGAAACACUAAUGUUCAUAUCUAUAACUCCAAAGUAAUAAUGACCCAUAUAUCAUUUAAAAACAUAUUUGCUGUUUGUAAUAGCUAACCUGUACACUGCUCUAAGACAUACAAAAAAUGUUGGUAAAAUAUCUGGAUAAAGGAUUACUCAUUCAUAUUUUAUAUUCUAUUCAGUAUUUUCAAACAAGUAUUACAUACUAUUAAUUACAAGACUGAUCAGUAUAUAUAAACAGAUCAUAUAUAUAAUAUAGAUAUAUAUAUAGUAAUUAAUAGUAUAAUGUUUGAAUAUACUGAAUAUUCUUGAUAUAUAGUAACCAUUAAAUAUUGAAAAUCUUUGUAAUGUUAGUUUACAUACUAUUUAUUAUAACUUCUAUUAAAUUAUCAGCAUUAAAAUUUUAGUAGGUAACUCCAUACUCUAAAGGAAGAGCAACAAUGAUUAUUGUAUUUUUUCGAGCAUUUAUUCUAUUUUACCCAGCUGGAUUACAUUCCAUGAAGGUUGUUACUGAACUAAAUUCAGUACUUAUGUUCAUUGAUGCAAUGAUUAUUUUGCAUAUUGGUUUGAUGAUGGACUACAAGUUGGACUACACUUAUAAAACGUCAAUUAAACAUUAAACAUUUUCUUGGUUUGGUCUCAUCUUUGUUAAAAACCUAGAAGUAAAGAAAUAACAUGACAGUGAGGAAAAUAUGGAUAAUGCAAAAAAAUUUUUUUGAUUGAACAGUAUCAUUAAAAUAUUACACUAUUAUUUGGGUAAUAGAGGGCUCUUCACAAAAAAUGAUUAUUUUAACGGCAUUGCCAUUGGUUUAUUAUUAUAUGUAAUGCGAUACGGUAUAGUGGUCUGGGCGCCUGACCAUGGUGGAACUGCGGAGAGAAUAAAACUACUGUGGUGA